AUGACUGAAGAGAACAUAUCAAAUAGCAGCGACACAGAUAAUAUUAAGACUUUUGAAAUUAAGAAUGAUCUUCAGAAAAUUAUAGUUGAUGCUUUUUCGUUGUUUACAAGUGACAAUAUUAACAGCAUACCAAUCACUGAUUUAGGCAAGGUUAUCCGUUAUUUGGGAUGUGUACCAACCGAAGAAGAAUUGAAUGAAUUCACAAACAUUGUGGAAAAUCGAAAUGCACCGAAUACCGUUGAUAAGAAUUUAUUUGUACCGCAUAUGGAAAAACAAAUAAGGGCAUUUAAGUAUAAACCGGGAACAGCGGACGAAUUGCUGCAAGCAUUUCACACGUUAGACACAGAAAGUAAAGGCUCGUUUUCUGUGGAUUUCAUGCAACAAGCGCUCCUCAAAGGCGAUUCAUUAGAUCCCGAGGAUAUUACCGAAGCAAUUAAGACCGCUUACGAUCCCGAUUUCCAGUGCAUACAGUACGACAUAUGGAUCCACAAGUUAUUGGGAAAGACAAAAAUGGACCCGUACGCUUUAGCUACCAACGAUGUCGUUUCGACUAACCGGGCAAAGGCAGAGGAAGACGGAGAACUAAAUCGACUGUUAUUAUUGUCCUCGGAGAAUAAUGAUAUUGACCCGGCUGUAAAAAAUUAG